AUGUUUGUGAGAAAUAUAACCACAAUGAAUGGAUUCCUCCUAACGGGGUUCUCUGACAACCGUGAGCUACAGAUCUUGCAUGCUUUGCUCUUCUUGGUGACAUAUUUAUUGGGCUCAGCAGGUAACUUUGUCAUUAUCACCAUCACAACACUGGACCCACAGCUCCAGUCUCCAAUGUAUUACUUUCUGAAGCAUCUUUCCAUUCUAGACCUCUCAUCCCUUUCUGUCACAGUUCCCCAGUAUAUUGACAGCUCACUGGCAGGCAGUGGCUACAUUUCAUAUAGCCAGUGCAUGCUGCAGGUUUUUUUCUUCACAGCUUUUGCCUGGGGUGAGGUGGCUAUUUUAACAGUGAUGUCAUAUGAUCGUUAUGUGGCUGUUUGCCUUCCACUGCACUAUGAGAUCACUGUGUGCCCCAGAAAGUGUAGGUGGGCUGUGGCAUUUGUAUGGCUAAGCAGUGGCAUCACAGGAACCCUGUAUAUAGCAACCAUAUUCUCUAUUAGAUUCUGCAGGACCAAAAUAAUCCACCAAUUCUUCUGUGAUGUCCCCCAGUUGCUCAAGCUCUCCUGCUCUAAUGAUUACCUUGUAAUGGGAGUGACUGAUUUCCUGUCUGUAAUGGCCUUUGCCUGCUUUGCUGGGAUUGUGUUCUCCUAUGUACACAUAUUCUCCACGGUUCUCAGGAUGCCCUCUGCUGAAAACCGGACUAAGGUCCUCUCUACUUGCCUGCCCCACCUUUUUGUUGUCUCAUUGUUUCUUUUUACAGGCUCCUAUGCAUAUUUAAACCCUACUUCAGACUCUCUAACUGCUUUAAAUUUCUUGUUCUCUGUCUUUUACACAGUACUGCCUCCGACACUCAACCCUGUUAUUUACAGUCUGAGAAAUGAGAUCAUAAAGAGUGUUAUAAGAAAGUUCCUACUGAGCACAAAAUUCACUUGGUUAGAAUCAUCUUUGCCCUCUUGUCACUGA